AACCUCACUUUUAGUUUUUGCGCGUUUUAUCAACAAGUCGGGAGUUUUCUCAUAAUUUUCUUGAUUUUUCCAAUUGUAUUUAGAUUCUAAUGAAUUGGCAGUAGUUUCGAUCAAUCUUGAGGAUCUUGAGCAUUGCAUAACUACCUGGGUGAACCCUAAAAUGAACAAUCAAGCGAAAGAAUUCAACAAUCUCAGGGGAAAACAAGAUUUCCAGAAUGUCUCAGUUUCUUCUGCAUUUGAGAUUUGCAAAUCCUACAUCCAGGCGACGGAUUCUAUUGAUGACAGUGUGGAGGUGAUAAAUUUCUUCUUCGGCACACGAGAAUUUGCCGACAGGAUGCUUCUGGGACAAGCAAUAGCACUAAUGAAAGAUUGCCUUCCGCGUUUACGGAAAUUGCUGGUUAGCCUACAAGCAGAGGAGGAAGGUCUGACCAUCCAAUUGACCAAGAUGAUUGCUACAGUAGAGAUGCUGAAAGCUACAGCACAAUUCUUCAGGGACAAAUUCAAUUGGACAGAGCAUCAUUUAACCCUGAGAAAUUUUUAUCUCAACAUCCUGGACAUUUUGAUAGAGAUGUUUGAUUUUACCAGGAAAAAAUCCUCAAUUUCGGGAGAGAAUUGUCACAAACUCUUUGAUUCAUUGAUGAAGAAGAUUUGUGAGCUGUAUCAAUUUAUCCUGCAGAAGCUCACAAGUCCAGAAAUCAGUUUUUUCGUUGAAUUCUCUUCUCAGGAGAGGGAUUUUCUCACAGAAGUUCUGAAGAAGCUUUUCAUCAUCGGAGAGAUUACUCCGUCUAUUAAUCCCAUGAUUUAUGGAUUAACAUGGAAAUCAACCCAUAAACUCAUCACAUCCCACAGUAAGGAACUUCAAAAGACAACGGGAGAUUUCCUCCGCGAGCCAAUAAAGUUCCUCUGUAAGCGCAUCCGGGAAGGAAUAUGUGAGACAAUGCACAAAGGCACCCCAUUGGAUACGCAGAAAACCCUCAAGAUCACUAAGUUCCACGUUGAUCUUCUCAAAAGGCUAAUUGAAGUCUUCCAGGGAGAUUUUCUACCACACACGGAGAAAAUCCUUGAAAAUCUUGUUUUCCUGCAAUCCGUUAAAUUCCUUGGGAAGUCUGCAAAUGCUGAUGAAAUCUACAAGAGCAUCACCACAGAAUACAUGCAGAACCUCGGGGCGUUGCAAAAGAAUGGACAAUUUGUGGAAUGUCUCCUUAAUACGAACUUUUCGCACGAUCCAGAACUUUAUGCUUUCUUGAUAAUCACUAUGGAGAUCCUAAAAUUAUCCUCAAGUGGCAUUGAAAAGGAUUUCGAAGGUCAAGGAGCGAUGAAAGCAAAUAUGAUUGGAAAAAUCUUCUCCACUGUGCCAAAAUGUCAAGGGAUUUUCUUGAAGCAGCCGGAAGUUUUUGAAGAUCUCUGCAGUAAUUUGUCCUUAGUAAUUAUUACGGAAAAUGUACAGGAGGAAUACAAAGCUGCGUGGUUAACUUUUAUGCGAAAUACUCUGGGGAGUCCAACAGUAUUCAGUACGAUGUUUAUGCUGCAACUCUGGAAGAACAUCCAAAUAGCUUCUCGGGAAAAUAUUCGCUUUGAAAUGUUUGUGAUGUGGAAAAAUAUUCUGGAAAAACUCCCUAAAACUUCUUCAAUGCAAUUGUUGCUCAUUGAAAAGAUCGUACGCAUAUCAUUCGAUUGUCUGCCCAAGGAGAGCCAACAUCGUGUAGUAAGUCUCAAUAAUCCCGCUGAAAAUCAUCUUCUCUGGAGCAUUCUGGGUCUCAAUGUAAUCUCAAAUCCUGAAAAGAAAAAGUACCUGAUCCAGAGGCUGUCGGAAAAGGUGUUAAAAUUAAUUUCUGACUUCCUCUCAAUGACCAUCAGUGUGAAAUUCUUCGAAGAUAUGUGUUUGAUCCUGAAAAUCCUCGGAAGGAGUUCCUUUACCCCCGAAACGAAUUUCAUUGAGAAAUUUAUCGAAAUGUGGCGAUUUAUUGGGAAACGAACAGACUGUCAGGUGAAACAGAAGAAAAUCCUCGCGAAAGUCUUUAUUCCUUUGAUCUGGAUAUUCAGGAGCAUUUAUUGUUCUCUUAGUUCCGAGAAUACUAUUGAGAUUGUAAGAAUUUUAAGGGAUAUUGCAAAGAAUGAUUGGCCAUGUGAAGUUCAGGCAGAAAUCACAAAAUCCCUCAAGAUUGUAUCUGAAAAAGAUUCUGCAAGCUACUGGCCUAUUCUGAAAGUAUUCAAGAAAUCCUCUGUGAUCUUACAAGUUAUAACUAGCCAAUUGAAACAGAACAUCGGAAUUGUGGAUCCAAAAGUCCCAGAGAAUCAAGAAAAUGCGUGCGGAAAAUCAGAGCAAGAACGAACUUCUGAAAUUCCGCCAAAUAAGAAAUUUAAACCUGAUUCUGGAGCAGAAAAUGCGGAAAAGCUAAAGAAAAUUCUACAGGACGUAAAGGAAUUCACUCGAAAUUGUCCACCUGGAAACGUCCUGAACCCCGAAUGCAACACUAUUAUACGGGAGAUAAUGAUCUGUCUCAAUAAAUUAAAAGGUUCUUGAAAUGAAA